AUGCUCAGACGAACCUUCUUCCGUCUGAGUCUUGACAACCGUGAGAACAUCAUCCGCAUUUUCACGGAGAUGGCAGAUCUCAACAAUGCCCUGGGUGAGAAAUACAAGGUACAAAGUUAUAACCGCGCGGUGCGGAGCCUAAAAACGCACCUUGACUUACCACUGCGCACCGUCGAGGACCUUGAAAAAUUCCCUGGAAUCGGCAGCAAGCUGCUUAAGAAGGCUGAAGAGAUCAUCCGAACCGGGAAGCUGGAUGAACUUGAGAAAAAAACGAAGCCCAAACUGAAGGCAAUUCAGGAACUUACGCAGAUCCAUGGCUUUGGCCCCCGGGCGGCGGCAACACUGUUUGACCGCGAAGGUAUCUUUACUGUGGAGGAUCUUAUUGAAAAGGCAGACCAGAUUCAACUGACAGAGCAACAGCGCGUUGGUGUACGUUACUUCCACGACAUAAAUGAGAAAAUCCCGAUGCACGAAUCCAUCCUUCACGAAAACUUCCUCCGGGAGUGUGCGUUGCGGCGACUGGGCUCUGAUUAUGAGAUUCAGAUAUGCGGUAGCUACCGCCGCCGUCAUCCCUUCAGCGGCGAUAUUGACGCCAUACUUGCGCGUUCUCUUAACGCCCCACCAUUAGAUGCCCCGGUGACAACCACUGGCGUCCUUACCAUUCUGGUUGAGUACCUUCAGGAGCAGCGGUACCUCGAGGCGACGAUGGCACUCGGACCUCUCAAAUACAUGGGCAUGGGCCGGCUCCCACCGCGCACGACGGGAGGUGCAACAAAAACAUAUAAGGCUCGUCGUGUGGAUAUUCGUCUCAUUGAAACGAAGUCUGUUCCUACCGCCCUCCUCACCUUCACGGGGAGCAAAAACUUCAACGUCAUUAUGCGGCAAGCGGCCAUCAGCAAAGGUUACCUGCUGAACGAGUAUGGUCUCUUUAAGGUGGGCACGUCGGAUGAGGUUCGAGUGCUGCAGGAGCGAGUGCGAGCAAGGAAAGCUGCAGGUUUAAGCAAGUCACAGAUGAAGCAGGAGGACCCGUACUCUUCGUCCUCUGUGACUGAAGAGGGUGCAGAGCCUUUUGUCUCGUCUAUUAGUGGAAACUCUGCGAAGAUGGAAACGCUGGGUAUGACAAAGGAGGAACUCGAGGCGAAGCGGGUGCACGUGACGUGUGAGAAAGACGUGUUUGAUGUCCUCGGGAUGCCUUACGCAAAACCGGAGAAUCGGGACCCAUAG